GUCUUGGGACAUCCUCCUUUUAAUUUAUGUCCCUUACCUACUCUUAAAUAGCUGCAGACAAUGCUGCGCUGGUUGGGUUGGUGAUAAAUGUCAAGCGCAUGAAGACCUGUUUUCACCACUCUUGCUGAAGAAAAAGUGACCGCAACAAGCAUAGUGUUUGUGCUUCAGGAACGAUACCAAGAUAUUGCAGAAUUUCUUUACACACUUUGUCUGAAUUUGAUCAUCUACUUCCAGGGAAGGACAUGAAUGCGUCUUCUCCAGACCUGUGGAACAACAUUUCCUGUGGAGUCUCCAUUGAUGACUUCAAACGCGUUGUGUACCCUGUAGCCUACUUGAUUAUUUUUGUCCUGGGGACUGCAGGCCACUCUUUAUCUAUCUGUGUCUUCUUCAGCCAAUGGCGAGUUCAGAAGAGUUUCACUCCAGUCAACUUGUUAAUGGUGAACCUAUUAGUGUCGGACCUAAUGCUGGUGUGCUCUCUUCCACUCAGGAUCUCCUACUACCUGUUAAACUCUCAUUGGCCAUUUGGUGACAUCGCCUGCCGAGUUAUCUUAUACGUGUUUUAUCUCAACAUGUACAGCUCUGUCUAUUUCCUUGUGGCCCUGAAUGUCUUGCGUUACCUUGCGCUGGUGUGGCCGUACCUGUACCUACGCAUACAGACCCACUAUGGUGCAGGUAUCGUGUGUGGUCUCAUUUGGUUGUUGAUGGCUUUGGCAAGCAGUCCACUGCUGUUCUCAAAAAGGGGAAAUCAAGGCGAAGGCACUGCUCGGUGCUUGGAGCUGGCAUUGGAGAGCGUGGAAAAAAUGCUCUUCAUCAAUAAUGUAUCCUUUCCGGUGGGCUUCUUUUUACCUUUGGUGGUCAUCAUUUUCUGUUCUGUCUUUGUUGUGAAGAGUCUUCUGAGACCUAGACCUGGACUUGGUAGGACCAGACCUUGCAGGAAGAAGGCAUGCGCUCUGGUUAUCAUCAGUUUUGGGAUCUUUCUGCUGUGCUUUUUGCCAUAUCAUGUAGUGCGAACAAUCUUCUUAUAUACAGAGAAGAAUUUCAAGAUGAAUGAAUACAAAGGCUCUUGUCACUAUCUUUGUGUAGUCCGUAAGAUUGCUGUCAUAUCACAUUGUUUGUGCACUGCUAACAGUUGUCUGGACCCUGUCCUUUUUUUCUUCGUUGGGGAAAAUUUCAGAACGUUCUCUGCUAAAUGGAUGGGAGGAAGAAGAACAAGCCACAGUGUUGCUAGAAGAACCCUGCAGCAGGAAGAGUUGCAUGUUUUGCAGAAGUGAAGGAAACAAGGCUAAUAAUGGCUGAACAGAUAACAAAGAACAGAUUUGAAGUGUGUCAUUCUUUUUAAGAAGGUUGUUUAGAAGCAAGACAGAAAUAGGUCAUUUUUGACUGCUGUGGGUUUUUUAGUACCUUUUAGUGAUCAGCCUUUCCAUUAAGGUAAUGGUUAUUUCAUGCUCUUGAGUGUUUAUGUGUAAUAUGUACUGCCAAUUACAUUGUGUUGGUCCUUUAUUUUAGGUUUCAUAUCUCUCUGUUUGUCAAUGUCGGCCUGUGUCUACUCUGUACAGUUCCAUGUUAACUCUUAGAGCUAUCAGGAAGCAUUAAGUAGCAUGUAGCUUCUUGCAGAAAGCAUGCAUACAGGAGACAUUAUCACCACAGCAUGCCUUAUUGCCAGAUAAAACAUAAAUGUGUAUUUGUACAUAUUCCUAAUUUCAAAGUUCUAUAUGUCUUUGUGUUUUAAUUGUAGGAUUCACACAAGUCAAUCUUGUGUGGCACAGGGCGAAAUAAGGCUUGUUUAUUUACAAUUGUAAAUUUAGUGUUUCUCAAUUUGUGGGUCAUAAUCCAAAAAUGGCUGCAGGCCUCUUCUGAUACAGUUGCUGACAACAGGGGAAAAAUCUAUGUUAAAUGCAAAUAAUUGAAUAAAAAAAAAAGUUAACAUGCAAGCAAAAUGAAGUCACAACCACCAGUGUCCCAAUAAUUUGCACAGACUGUUUCUUGGCCUUUGUAAUUCAUAUUAUAAUUUUUUUUUAUUAUUUGUAUAUACACUGCAAUAUACCUUUAAAGUACUGUGAAAAAGUCUUGGGCACAUUAGAUGUUUCACAAAAACAUUUGUCUUAACCCUUGUGCUGUUUAAAUUUUUUACCAAAUUUGGGGUUCCCGGUCAAAAAUGACCGGCCUAUUAAUAAUUGCUUAUAUAUUUCUCGUUAUGCUAUAUUAACACCAAAUAUUGGAUUAGAUCUUUUUGUCAACUUGUUUUCUUUCAAUUAGCACAGGUUUUGUAUUUCUUGGAGCAUAUUAAUCGUAGGCCUCACUGACCUGAGCUUAUGCAUACAUUAUUUGUGAAU